GCAAGUUUUGGGAGCCUUUCGCUGAAAUUGGUGAAAUCAAAUCUGGAUCCCCAACUAGAUCUCAUUUCUCGAUUCCCCAUUGGAGUCCCAGAUAACAAGAAUCCGAUUUUGUUUAGGUUUCGUGAUCUUUCAAAUUCCCCAAUCGCCGAGCUCUGAAUUGGAAUUCUCUCGUCAAUUCAAUCAAAAUGCUGUUCUUAAAAUCAAACCCGUUUCACAGUAGUUCUUUUUCUCUCUACCUUUUCCUCGCGUUUCUCCUCUUCCUUUUCUUUUCCCCGCUUGUGAUUUUUGCUCAGGAUUCUGGAAGGGAGGAAUCAAAUGCUGGAAUAAAGGAUCUGGGCAGACGAAGUAAAAUUUUUGUAGACAAAAUAAAGACAGGUGUCGCAAUAGAUGAGAUUGACCAUGAUUCCAUUAAUCUUGGUGUCGAGUUGGACUCUGGUCUUGGAGUUUUUGAUGCUUUCUUUGCAAGUUUUUCCAUGAUUCUUGUCAGUGAGAUUGGAGACGAGACUUUUAUAAUAGCAGCUCUCAUGGCAAUGCGUCACCCCAAGUCAAUUGUUCUAUCUGGUGCACUAAGUGCCUUAUUUGUGAUGACAGUACUUUCGACUGGUCUUGGUAGGAUUGUACCAAAUUUAAUAUCAAGAAAGCAUACAAACAGUGCAGCCACUGUUCUUUAUGCCUUUUUUGGGCUCCGGCUACUUUAUAUCGCUUGGAGAUCGGAUCCAAAAUGCUCACAGAAAAAAGAAAUGGAGGAAGUAGAAGAGAAACUUGAAACUGGACAAGGGAAAACAACAUUUCGACGUUUCUUUUCUAGAUUCUGCACACCAAUCUAUUUGGAGUCAUUUAUUUUGACAUUUCUAGCUGAGUGGGGAGAUCGUAGCCAGAUUGCAACAAUUGCUUUAGCUACACACAAAAAUGCAGUGGGAGUUGCUGUUGGAGCCAUUAUAGGACACACCAUUUGUACAUCAUUAGCAGUUGUCGGUGGAAGCAUGCUAGCAUCAAAGAUCUCACAGCGCACUGUUGCGACUGUUGGGGGGUUGCUUUUCCUCGGUUUCUCCCUGUCUUCGUACUUCUAUCCUCCUCUAUAACCACGGGAUGCUGUAUGUUAAUCUGAUUGUUUUAAGAAAUGGUGGCUACCCGUUUAACUUGUAUUCCUCACCAUUACCAGAAAAGGUUAAUAUUGACACUGUUUAAUAGCAGAUCUUUACCCUAUUAUUUUUGUACGUAUUACUAUACAGAAAUAUGUUACACGUUUGUUUGUCUGGAGAAUGUUAAAUCUUGAUUGUCGAUAGCUUGAAUGUACAUAAUGGAUUGUCAUCCCAGUUUUGAUGCACUAUUUUGGGGAACUAAUUAAUUUUGUGAUUGAUGAAUAGAUAGAUUUGUGAUGA